GGUCGACGUUAGCUUGAUUCCCGACUGCUGUGUUAGCCCUUUUCCUUACUUGACCUAAUUCUGCCUACUUUUUAUUUUAUUUCUUUUUACGUAUAUCUCUUUUACUUCCCCUCUCUAACGCACGGCUGAUAAUCCCCACUUCACGUGUGACCCCAGUGGGACGCCAUGAGUGUCCUUCUGGAGACCUCCCUGGGUGACAUUGUCAUUGAUUUGCUGGUCGAUGAAUCACCUAAAGCGUGCGAAAAGUAAGUAGACCUGAUGCUCACAUUUCUUUUUGGCUUCUGUGUGUCUUAUGCGCGUAUACAAUGUCGAGUGGCUGAACCCGAAACUAAGCUGUCCAUCUUCUCCCGCUUUAGCUUCCUGAAGCUAUGCAAAGUCAAGUACUAUAAUUUCUCCCCCGUCCACAGUGUCCAAAAAAACUUCACCUUUCAGACCGGCGAUCCCCUCGGUCCUGAUUCCCCAGAAAGCGACGGGGGUUCAUCCAUUUGGGGCGUUCUCGAGGGUCCGUCGAAAAGGACCUUUUCACUCGAGCCUUCACCGAAGCUGAAGCAUGAUGAAAGAGGCACAGUGAGCAUGGCAACAGUUCCUUCGCCACAUGAUCCCGAUCAGCGCAUCGCUGCGAGCCAAUUCAUCGUCACACUGGGAGGGAGCCUUGAUUACUUGGAUGGUAAAGUGGUGAUCUUCGGAAAGGUUGUGGAAGGCUUUGACGUCCUCGAGAAAGUGAACGAAGCCUUCAUCGACGACCGGGGUCGACCACUCAAGGACAUCCGUAUCCGCCACACAGUCAUUCUUGAUGACCCGUUCAAAGAUCCUCCCGGCCUGGUGGCUCCGGCUGAGAGCCCUUUGCCGUCGAAGGCGCAACUAGCUACUGUGAGAAUUGCUGAUGACGAGGAUCUCGAGGAUAACAUGGACGAAGAGUCUAUGGAGAAAUUACGGCGGGAACGAGAGGCAAGGGCACAGGCGCUGACCCUCGAAAUGGUGGGCGAUCUUCCAUUUGCGGAGGUUAAACCGCCAGAGAAUGUCUUGUUUGUCUGUAAAUUGAACCCUGUCACCCAAGACGAGGAUCUUCACUUGAUCUUCAGCCGAUUUGGCCAGAUUCUGUCGUGCGAGGUCAUCAGAGACAAACGCACCGGUGACAGUUUACAGUACGCUUUCAUCGAGUUUGAGAACCAAAAGGAUUGUGAACAAGCCUACUUUAAAAUGCAGGGCGUGCUAAUUGAUGACCAUCGUAUCCAUGUGGAUUUUUCUCAAAGUGUGUCGAAACUAUCAGAGAGUUGGAGAAAUGCUACCAUCUCCAAGCGCAGCGGUCAGCGGGGUGGAUUCGGUGGAGUAGCAAGCCUUGAGAAGAAGCGCCAAUACAGAGCAUCUGAUAAUGCUCGCGAAGAAGAGGACGACUAUGCUAUGGUGUUUGACAAGGGCCAUAAGGCUCCCCGUAGGCGCUCCUACAGCCGGAGUCCCAGGCGAAGUUCAAACCGUGACCGAAGGGGUAGCCGAAGUCCUCGACAAGAUUCCUUUCGAGAUUCCCGCCGGGGACGAUACGGCGAAAGGUAUCACAGUCGAAGUCCAGCACGAGAGAAAUCAUAUCACGAUAAGAACCGUGGUCGCUAUAACGACCGUGAGCGACGUCGUGACGGUCGCGAUGAUGAUCGUUAUCGGGAAAGGUGGCGUCGUUAAACGAGUAUUAAAAAUGAAUGAAGAGUCAAAGGGCGAGACCGCGCUCUGUUCCUUACUGCCCUACGUAUGCAGAAUGUAAAUAAAAAGUAGUAGUAGUAUCUGGAUUCUCCUGUCCCACUGACCAACCAAAACCUACUUAGUGAAACUUGUGGCCCCACGGCUUCAAUCCAUCGGAUGGCGUUCCACGAAUGCUCCGCCUUACAACUACUUCUGGAGUCAUGGUUGGCCAGUCAGAUCUCCCGGUUCAUCGCUAAUUAUAGGAGCAUUGCCCUCAAUAAUAUGGGAAAUGGAGUCCUAGUAGAGUUCUACUAUGGAGCACUACCCUGUUACUCCUGACUAAAAAUAAU